AUGUUGAAGGUAAUCAGUGGACAGCAGAAAGUCAGGACAGCAGACGACGGUCAGAACAGCGGGCGGUCAGGACAGCAGACAGUCAGAACAGCAGACGGUCAGAACAGCAGACAGUCAGAACAGCAGACGGUCCGGACAACAGACGGUCCGGACAACAGACGGUCAGGACAGCAGACAGUCAGAACAGCAGGCGGUCAGGACAGCAGACGGUCAGGACAGCAGACAGUCAGAACAGCAAACAGUCAGAACAGCAGGCGGUCAGGACAGGAGACGGUCAGGACAGCAGACAGUCAGAACAGCAAACAGUCAGAACAGCAGACGGUCCGGACAACAGACGGUCAGGACAACAGACGGUCAGAACAGCAGACGGUCCGGACAACAGACGGUCAGGACAACAGACGGUCAGAACAGCAGACGGUCCGGACAACAGACGGUCAGGACAACAGACGGUCAGGACAGCAGACGGUCCGGACAACAGACGGUCAGGACAGCAGACAGUCAGAACAGCAGGCGGUCAGGACAGCAGACGGUCAGGACAGCAGACAGUCAGAACAGCAGACAGUCAGAACAGCAGACGGUCCGGACAACAGACGGUCCGGACAGCAGACAGUCAGAACAGCAGACGGUCCGGACAACAGACGGUCCGGACAACAGACGGUCCGGACAGCAGACAGUCAGAACAGCAGGCGGUCAGGACAGCAGACGGUCAGGACAGCAGACAGUCAGAACAGCAAACAGUCAGAACAGCAGGCGGUCAGGACAGCAGACGGUCAGGACAGCAGACAGUCAGAACAGCAAACAGUCAGAACAGCAGACGGUCCGGACAACAGACGGUCAGGACAACAGACGGUCAGAACAGCAGACGGUCCGGACAACAGACGGUCAGGACAACAGACGGUCAGAACAGCAGACGGUCCGGACAACAGACGGUCAGGACAACAGACGGUCAGGACAGCAGACGGUCCGGACAACAGACGGUCAGGACAGCAGACAGUCAGAACAGCAGGCGGUCAGGACAGCAGACGGUCAGGACAGCAGACAGUCAGAACAGCAGACAGUCAGAACAGCAGACGGUCCGGACAACAGACGGUCCGGACAGCAGACAGUCAGAACAGCAGACGGUCAGGACAGCAGACGGUCAGGACAGCAGACAGUCAGAACAGCAGACAGUCAGAACAACAGACGGUCCGGACAACAGACGGUCAGGACAACAGACGGUCAGAACAGCAGGCGGUCAGGACAGCAGACGGUCAGGACAGCAGACGGUCAGGACAGCAGACGGUCAGGUCAGCAGACGGUCAGGACAGCAGACGGUCAGAACAGCAGACGCUCCUGAUUUUUGCGCUGGUGUCCUCUGGCCUGAUGGGAAUCUGA